UGGCGCUUUCAUCAUGGCGGGACACAUGAAAAUCAUUAACGGUUUCUGUUCUGUAUGUGCAAAUGUAUUUAUUUUCACGGUUGUGCUUCUGUGUUUACCUCGAGCCUCACACCAGUAUACGGGUAACAAGCCUCCUGUUAUUGAUCUCCAAGAUGGUGAGGUUUAUGUUUUCUCAGGGCCCAGCAGUUUCUGUUACCAAAACACCAUAGUGCCAAACUGGAGACACACCUGGACCAGAAUUCAGGUCAGAGUGUCAAGUUCAAAGCUGUUCAAGGUGCAAACUGUGGAUGAUGAAGAGCGACUGCAGGAGCUGGAACGCUUCAGUUUCUGGGGUUGGUUUCAGGGCUGGUUACGAGAGCGGCACAAUGAAACCUCCAUUAACAUCAGUCUGUUCAGUAAGAAGACGUGCUUCCGGGUGGACCCCGCUGAUAAAACUCAGUACACCGUCAAAUCUCUUCGCAAGUUUGAUAUUUACCUCUUUCUGGUCUUCCUCUCUGGGGCGUCAUUGUUCAUCUUUGCAGACUCACUCAGCAGGAGUCAGCUUUUCUACUACUCUGCUGGAAUGAGCACUGGAAUGAUUGCCUCCCUCAUCAUCCUCUUUUUUGUGUUGGCGCGCUUGAUGCCGAAGAAAAGCCCUUUUUAUGUGCUGAUAGUAGGAGGCUGGUCAUUCUCCGUUUAUGCCAUCCAGCUUGUCUGCAGGAACAUACAGAUGAUUCUGCAAGAACACUGGCAUCUGGCGUUAGGUUACGUAGCAGUGGUGGGGUUCAUCAGUUUUGCUGUGUGUUACCGGUACGGUCCUCUGGUGGAUCAGAAGAGCAUUAACAUCUUGUCAUGGACUCUGCAGCUGUUUGGUCUGCUCCUGAUCUACUCAGGGAUUCAAAUUCAGCAAGUAGCAUUCGCCAUCAUCAUAGCAGCGGUGGUAGCCAAACAUUUGGAAUACCCAGUGACUCUGGCUCUAGGUUCAUGGAGGAAGAUGAGACGAUUUAUACACUGGAAGCCUGAGCCACGUCGCCUUUUGACUGAGGAGGAGUAUCAGCAGGAGGCAGAGGUUGAGACCCGGCGUGCUUUGGAAGAGUUGAGGAAGUACUGCAACAGCCCGGACUUCAGCCCGUGGAAGGCUGUGUCCAGGCUUCAGUCCCCAAAAAGGUUUGCUGAUUUUAUUGAGGGAUCUCCUCACCUCAUGCCAAAUGAAGUGUCCGUCCAUGCACAGGAAUACGGUUUUGGAGGAUCUUUUUUUGAGGAUGAACUUUUUGACACUGAUGAUGAAGAUGAUGACAUCAAACCUUUAAAGAAUACAGAAUGAAACUGUGUUGGAGGAAAUAAAUAAUGAUUAAUGCCUUUUAAAAAGGUGGUUUGGAGUUCGGCUGCAUGCAGGCGCUGUGAAAGUGUCCACUGAUGAUCAUGUCGGCUGGAGUAAGAAACUGUGGAUUUGUUGUUUUAUUUGGGUAAGUUGUCUGUGACCUGACUCUCAACAUUAAAACUACCAACCACAAGCAGACCAGUGUGGUCAGAUUUGUUUUCAGAUGUUAUAAACCUGUGAGACCAGUUUGAGGUUAAAGCAAUGGUUUACUGUGUGUGUUGUUUUUCUUAAGUAAUGGAUUAGAGAGGUUUUUAGUUACACAGACAAAUUAUUUGGGUUUAGAGCUUUCAGGGUCCAUAUGGCAUCAAUGCACCAACUUACAGAAUUUGUCAAGUUUUGUGUUUCAUUCUGUUAUUUUCACUUCUCUGAGUAGCAGUAGGAUACAACGGCUACCGCUUCAUCUUUACAAACACAGAGGAAUCGGCUCAGGAAGUGUUCGCGUUCAUUGUGUUGUCCCUUCAUUUUGAUGGACAGUGGAAGACAAAAAAUAAAAAAUUUGUCCUGAUGUGCAUGCGUUUCCAGUGUUGGAGUGUUUUGCAACAAGAUUGUGGUGUUCUAUCCAUGUGACUUGGUUAAAUAAUAGAGGUGCUAUAAACCAGAA